AUGGAGAAGUUUAUUUACGAUUUAAAGCCCCGCGGUUCCUUUGAGUUGCAUAAAUUGAAUUAUCGGCAUGUGUUGAUUCAAUUCUCGGUAUUAGAUGAUUAUUCUUUGCUUUUGAGAAGAUCGAUAUGCUAUAUUCAUGGGCUGCCCAUGCGUGUUUUUAAAUAUACUCCGGGCUUUAAUUUGAAAAACGAAACUUCUAUAGCGCCGGUCUGGGUUAAUGUGCCGGGAGUUCCUCCUUAUAUGUACAACCGGGAAGCUAUAUUCUUCCUUGCUUCUUCUAUUGGAAAUCCACUUGAGUUUGAUGAUUUUACAGCCGAUCGAAAGAAGAUAUCUGUUGCUCGAUUUUGCGUCGAAAUUGAUCUCUUGAAACCGAGGGUUGAACAAAUUCCGGUGAUGACUGGCUAUGAUGAUAUUGAGAUGAUUUCCUUGCCGGGAAACUACGAGAACGUCCCAAAAUUCUGCACGUUUUGUUCUCACCUGGGUCACUCGGUUGAAAAUUGUUAUAUGAAUGGAAAUGCUAAAAAACCGGAUUUUCCACCACCGCCACAACGGAUUCCCAAACCCACAGCCCCACCAAAGGAAAAACAAGUUUGGCGACGAGUUGAAAAGAGGAAAAAUGUUGUUGUUGAAAACAUGGAUAUUCCUAUAACAUCGGGGACAAAAUCAACUGAAAAUCCUAGUUUUUCUCAAGCUAUUGUGCGGACUACUGCCGAUAAUAUUAGUGAAGGAGAUUUUGAGCAUUACAACCCCUUUGAAUUGUUGAAGAGUGGGGUUCAAGAGGAUAUAGAGGCUGCUCAUAUUCAACCGGAUGUUGCUUCCAAACAUGUUCCAAAAUCUUCGAAAAAGGGCCGAAAAAAUACUUCUAACACCAAACAACCGAUGAGUCCAGACCCUAUAGAUACUAUUGCCGAUGAUCAAGCAGCUGAUUUAGAUGAUAUGGAGGCCUUAUCCAUGUCCAAAAAAAAUCAGCAUGUGUCUCCCUCCAAAAAGAACAGAAAUCAAGCUUCUAGCUCCCGAACCGCAAAGGGGGCAGCCCUCUCAACCCCCUCUCUAUCACCUUCAGCCACUUCGGUGGCCAAGGAUGUUCCCCUUAAUCAUGGGGUACACGGACGAGAGGGGUCAGGACUUUCGGCGGGUACGGAUCCGAUUACACCUACGUCGGCUGCCUUAUUUUGCGAACACUAUGUGACCAAGGUCCGGCCCACGGCCGAUCAAAAUUUGGCCGGCACGCCUCCUUUCAAUCACCUUGCCAUGAUCCCUUAUGAGCCCGUGAGCCUAGCCACGAGCAUACGCCCAGCUGAUCACGCUACUCAAGGCUCUAUCACUGAUGAACCUUCGGCCUCGUGGUGA